AUGGGUCCUUGUAUUCCCAAAUUUACGGCCACCAGCGUUAACCGACGUCCCAUCACUCCGUCUCUCAAUUUAGCCCCUUACUGUCUCCCUCAAGAUCACACUGUCCUCCAACGCUUCCCCACUCAAGCCCGUUCUGCUUCUCUCUCAUUUUUCAUCACUGUUUACCAAACCAAACUGGCCAUGGUGGAUGCCACUUUCACGUGCAAGGAGGUAGUUGUGGCGAUGGAAUGGGCCUAUCGCGAAUGGCAUGCGGAGACAUACGUUUGCCCCCUCAGCACUGUCACUGCCUGCCUCCCGGAUUCUGUCCCAAAUUCCGAAGAGGAAAUUCAGCCCUGGAAGCCUUCCUCGAUAAUCGAAGUAAGAAAGAAUGGCGAUUUUAAUUGGGGUUUAACGUCGUGCCUUCCCGCUUCCCCGUGUCCUCUAGCCACCCCAAAAAUGCCGUCCACCGUGCAUGUGUACACGAGCAGCAGCUGA